AUGGAUGAAAUGAAUACUGAACCCAAUGAGAAUGAAGUGGAAGUUAAAGUUUCCGAACAUGAUAGUGACAUGGUGGAGACGCUCCAUACUAAAAACAGAUUCGCUUCUCUUGUAUCUGAAGAUGAUAACGAGAUUCAAGGGUCGGUAGCGACUGAACACCGUCUGGAAAAAAAAGAGUUGAACACACACAAAGGAGGUUUGUGCAACUCCUCUACUCAAAAAGAAGUGGUGUCAAUGUUGGAUAGAAAUGGGGUCUCGAUUUGUGCUCUCUUGGAAACAAGAAUUCAUAUUUCUCGUAUAAACAAAAUCUAUAAGGUUGAUAUAAACGCCACAGGUCUCUACUACAGCUGGAACCAGAAACCUCGUGGGAUCGGUGGGCUCCUAAGGAAACUUGAUAGAACUAUGGGUAACACCAAUAUCUUAUCUAUGUUUCCCAGACUUCAUGUUAUGUACAAACCAUAUGGCAUUUUAGACCACUCUCCUUCUCUUAUAAGUUUCCCUAUUGGCAAACCGAAAAAGUCUUAUCAUUUCAAGUUUGUUAAUAACAUUACCAAUCAUCCCCAUUUUCAUGAUACUGUUCAAUUGAUUUGGGAUAAUAGGGUUGAAGGUCACGCCAUGUACUCAGUUUUUCAAAAACUAAAGAAACUCAAACCCCCCAUACGUAAGCUUGGUCAACAAUUGGGAAACCCAUCUCACAAGGUGGAAGCUUUGAGAAUCGAGCUUGAAAGAGCCCAAGAACAACUAGAUCGGGAUCCAGAUAAUGAAGAGAUUAGUGUUGAACAUGCGGUGUACCUGGAAGAAUUCACCAAAGCCUUAUGUGAAGAAGAAUGCCUCCUAAGACAAAAAGAGAAGCUUUAUUGGCUCAAAGAAGGAGACAGGAAUACCAAAUAUUACCAUAAAGUCAUUAAAGAAAGACAAAACAGAAAUAAAAUUAACUCCAUCAUUGAUGGAGACAGUGUGGAGCAUGGGGCUGAUAAGAUCCCUGAUAUUGUCAUUGCUCACUUCUCUGACUUCCCUGGGAAGGCUAGAGUUGUUGAUCCUGUAGUCUCUCCUAAUGACCUUUUCAGCAAUACCUUAACGAAUGAGGAUGCAAACUGGAUGGUUAGACCAAUUGAAGAUGAGGAAAUCAAACAUGCCAUAUUCGAUAUUGGGAAUGAUAAAGCACCAGGACCUGAUGGGUUCACUUCUACCUUCUUUAAAAAGGCAUGGCACAUAGUGGGGAUAGAAGUGUGCAAAGCAGUCAAAGAAUUUUUUCUCAAUGGACAACUUUUACAAGCUGUUAAUCAUACGAUCUUGGCCCUGCUCCCAAAUGUGGAAGUCCCUAAUACUAUGAAGGACUUUUGCCCUAUAUCUUGUUGCAAUGUCAUCUAUAAAUGCAUUAAAAAGACCAUCGUGACCAGGAUGGCCCCUUCUCUUCACAAGUUGGUUGAUAUGAACCAAUCAACCUUUAUUACGGGAAGAGCUAUCACUGAUAACAUUCUUCUUUCACAGGAAUUGAUGCAAGGUUACACUCGUAAACAUCGCAGCCCCAGAUGUGCUCUAAAAGUUGAUAUCCAAAAAGUGUAUGAUACAGUGAACUGGAAUUUUUUGGAACAAAUUCUAUGGGGUUUUGGCUUUCACCAUAGAAUGAUUCAAUGGAUAAUGAAGUGUGUUUCGACCACUUCUUUCUCUAUUAGAAUUAAUGGAGAAAAUAAAGGGUAUUUCAUGUGGAAAAAGGGGCUUAGACAGGGAGACCCAAUGUCGCCUUAUCUCUUUACGUUAAUCAUGGAGGUUUUUAACCUUAUGAUCAAAAGGCGCAUACAACAGAGUCCAAAACACAAGUAUCAAUGGAGGUGCGGGAAGCAAAAACUAACUCAUCUUUAUUUUGUUGAUGGUCUGUUAAUUUUCAGCCAUGGGAGUAUUCAGGCAAUCCAGGUGGUCAAAGAUUCUUUACAGGAGUUCCAGGCAAAUAUUUUGGGUUUUGAGGAAGCAAAGCUCCCUGUUCGGUAUCUCGGUAUUCCUUUGAUUGGGACUAGAAUGCUUGUCAAGGAUUGCAACAAACUUGUGCAGCAAGUGAAAGCGAGAGUUCAGAAUUGGAAGCAUAGAGCUCUGUCAUUUGCAGGAAGACUUCAACUCAUUAAUUCUGUGCUCCAAUCCCUACAGGUUUAUUGGUGCUCGGUUUUACUACUUCCCAAAACAACCAUUAAUGACAUCAAAAAAGUAUUUAAGGGUUUCUUAUGGAAUGGUGGCUACCUGAAGAAAGGAAGUGCUAAUAUUGCUUGGAAAAUGGUGUGUAGACCUAAAGACGAAGGAGGAUUGGGAAUUUGCAAUUUACAGACUUGGAAUGAAGCUCUUCUAUAUCGUCAGAUUUGGAGACUUUUUACUACAAAAAACUCUCUAUGGGUUGAUUGGGUUAAAAUCCAUCAUCUUAGAAAACAAACUUUUUGGGAGGUUAAAAGAAAGGAUCUAGAAGGCUUCUCCUGGUCUAAUAUGCUUUCUUUGCGAGAUAAAAUCUGGAAACACAUAUGGAGAAUACUCGGGGAUGGAACUAGCAUAAAUUUAUGGUAUGACAAUUGGCAUGCAGGUGGCCCAUUGAUCAAUAUCAUAACGGAAGAUGAGAGGAAUAUGCAUGGGCUAUCCAAUGACUUCACCUUGCAUCAGUUUUGUAGUAAUCAUAGCUCGUGGUGGCCUUGGGGAUGGGGAUUUCGUUUUCCUAUUAUCCAACUUCAGGGUCUCCUUAGUCUUCAAAUUAACAAAGAUGAUGGGGUUUAUUGGUGGGACCUGGAAGGAAGGAAGGUUAAGUUUUCUCGUACUCAAGUUUGGAAGGAUAUUAGGAUAGCUAGCCCGGUUGUUUCUUGGUAUAAGGUAGUUUGGUUUAAGCUCAACAUACCAAGCCAUGCUUUCAUUCUUUGGCUAGCCAUUCAUGAUAGAUUAAUGACUCAGGAACGAAUGCAAAUAUAG